CAUUCCAAAUACCUGCAAACAUUACUAACCCUUGCCAUCAUGUAUCUAAACUUGUUUUGUUUACAUGUCAAAGCACCAUCAAACGAGACCGAUUAUUUGGCCUUGCUCAAGUUUAAAGAAUCAAUAUCUGAUGAUCAUGAAGAAGUCUUGAGCUCUUGGAAUAGUUCGAAUCACUUUUGCACCUGGACAGGAAUCACAUGCAGCCUCAAGCAUCAACGAGUCACAGAGUUGAAUCUGCGAGGUUAUCAUCUGAGUGGGUUCAUAUCGCCUUAUGUUGGCAAUCUCUCCUUCUUGAGGAAUCUCUUCCUCAAUGACAAUAGUUUCAAUGGAGAAAUCCCACCAGAGAUGGGACGUUUGUUCAGGCUGAGACGUCUCUCUCUUGGGAACAAAUUGACAGGAGGGAUUCCUUGGAACCUGUCGAGCUGCACUGAACUGAGGCGCUUGAAUUUGUCAUGGAAUAGUCUUACAGGUAAAAUUCCAGUUCAACUUGGCUUACUUGAGAAGCUUGAAAUGUUGCUUAUUUCCAAAAACAAGUUAACUGGAAUAAUUCCUUCUUCUAUAUGGAACCUUUCCUCUCUCCAAAAUUUUGAAGCUGCUCAUAAUUACUUGGAAGGAAACAUAGCUGAAGAGAUAGGUCAUUUGAAGAGCUUGAGAGGUUUAAAUGUAGGCACUAAUAAUUUGUCUGGCAGCCUGCCUUCCUCACUUUACAACAUGUCAUCUCUUACUUAUAUAGUGGUUGCAAUGAACCAUCUAAAUGGCACUCGGCUUCCGAACAACAUGUUCUCCACCCUCACAAAUUUGCAAAUUUUUGGCAUAGCUGGGAAUCAAAUUUCAAGUUCAAUUCCAAAUUCCAUCACAAAUGCAUCAUCUCUCCAAAUUUUUGAUAUUCCUAUUAACUACUUUAGGGGAAAAGUUCCUAAUCUAUGGAACAUGAAAGAUUUGAGUUGGCUCGAUUUAGAACUUAACAAUCUAGGCAGCAGUUCAAAUGACGACUUGAAUUUCAUAUCAUCUUUGAAAAAUUGCAGCAAAUUGGAAAAGUUAUCUCUAGCCUGGAACAAAUUUGGGGGUGUUUUACCCAACUCCAUAGGAAAUUUGUCAACCCAACUCACUCAACUGAACCUUGGAAGGAAUGAGAUAUCUGGAACUGCACCUGGAAAUCUAGGAAAGUGCACAAAUUUAAUUCUCUUGAAUCUUGAAUUCAACAAAUUUUCAGGCAACAUUCCAACUUCUUUUGGAAAUUUUCAUGAGAUGCAAGUGUUGACUUUUGAGGGAAAUGAAUUCUCAGGAGAGUUUCCAAUAUCCCUGGGAAAUCUUAGCCGAUUGUAUUUGCUAAUUUUGUCUGACAACAUGCUUGAAGGAAAAAUCCCCCCUAUGAUUGGAGGCAUGAAAAAUUUACAACAUUUGGACCUUUCCAAAAACAACUUCACGGGAUCCAUACCCUUGCAGAUUUUUGGUCUUCCAUCCUUGUCCAUUUUAUUGAACUUAUCUCACAACUCAUUGAAUGGUGCUUUGCCUAUAGAGGUAGGGACCCUUAAAAACCUCAACAACUUGGAUUUCUCUGAAAAUCAUCUCUCUGGUGAGAUUCCUUCUACCAUAGGAGAGUGUACUAGUAUGGAAUACCUUAAUUUACAAGGGAAUUCCUUCAAUGGCCCCAUGCCUUCUUCACUAGUUUCUUUGAAAGGUCUUGUCCAUUUAGAUAUGUCACGAAACAACUUGUCUGGGCCAAUAUUAGCUAGCUUACAGGACCUUUCUUUUCUUCAAUACUUGAAUGUUUCUUUCAAUAUGUUGGAGGGUGGGGUACCAACAAAAGGGGUUUUCAGUAAUAAUAGUGCAGUAUCGGUGAUGGGAAAUAUGAAGCUUUGUGGGGGCAUCUCUGUACUGCACUUACCACAAUGCCCUGUCAAAAAGAACCACAAUUUGAAGCUCACAAUAAUAAUUAUUUGUGUAGCAUUUUCUAUUCUAGUGAUAUUUGUUCUUGCUUUAUAUUGGUGGCGAAAAAGAAGUAAGAAAUCAGCUUCAGCUUCACCAACAAUCGAACAACUUUCCAAGAUGUCAUAUCAAGAUCUACACUUUGCAACUGAAGGCUUCUCUACCAACAACUUGAUUGGAUCCGGGAGUUUUGGCACAAUAUAUAAAGGAAGGCUACAUUCAGAAGAUAAAAUUGUUGCCAUAAAGGUAUUGAAUCUUCAAGUGAAAGGAGCAGAAAAGAGUUUCAUUUCAGAAUGCAAUGCCUUAAAAAACAUAAGGCAUCGAAAUUUGGUUAAAAUUCUAACAUGUUGCUCGAGCACUAAUUUCAAGGGACAAGAAUUUAAAGCACUUGUGUUUGAGUUCAUGCCAAAUGGAAGCCUAGAAAAUUGGCUGCAUCUUAAUCUAGGAACUGCAGAUCAAUGUCCAACAUUAAAUCUUGGUGAAAGAUUAAAUAUUAUAAAUGACGUUGCCUCUACAUUGCACUAUCUUUAUCAUGAGUGUGAGCAACCAAUUGUUCAUUGUGAUAUAAAGCCAAGCAAUAUCCUUCUUAAUGAUAAUUUGGUGGCUCACUUGAGUGAUUUUGGAUUAGCAAGACUUCUUUCAAGCAUCAAUGGCACUACUUUUAAGAAAACCAGCACAACUGGAAUAAAAGGGACUAUUGGUUAUGUUCCUCCAGAGUAUGGAAUAAGUUUUGAGAUUUCAACCCAGGGUGAUGUAUAUUCUUUUGGCAUUCUCAUUUUGGAAAUGUUAACUGGAAGAAAACCCACAGAUGAAAUGUUUAAAGAUGGCCAUGAUCUCCAUAGCUAUGUGAAAGCUGCAUAUCCAAAUAACCUUUUGGAUAUUGUGGACUCUGCUCUUGAUCAAACAAGAACAACAACAGGAGAAGAAAUUAGGAUGGAUGAGUUGAGUCUUCUGCAUCAUAGUAAUCAUGAGAAGACUAUAUUUUCAUUAUUUGAGAUUGGACUUGCUUGCUCAGUCAAAUCACACAAUGAGAGACUGAACAUGAUGGAUGUUACUAGGAAGCUAAAUCAAAUUAGUACUUGUUGUUUCAAUAAAAGAAAAGGAUGAUAAGCAAAGAAUGGGGAAAUGCCACUUCAGCAGUGAUGCUCUCCAAAGAACAAGAUCUGUGAUAUUCUGAAAUUUAUGAUUGGAACAUUCCAAAUAAAGAUAAUUUAAUUAUCCUCCAUUCUGUUUUUUAUUAUCUUGGAACUCUGCAAACAAUUCUAGAGGUUUUAGGCUCUCCCAUGAAUCUAGUUGGCCUACAUUGGAUCUAUAAUUUUGGUCAGGGCUUUGAAAAUUAAUAUGUGCGAUAUGGAUAUAUGACAAUC